UUUAAUUAUCGUCCUUUUUCGCCUCGAGUCCCAUCUUGGCGGUUCCAUCCAUCAUCCCCAACAAUCAACGGCCAUCGUCGUUGACGCACGUCCUUGCCCCCUUUCUCGUCGCCGUCGCCGACGUCGACAACCACCUCGCCCAGCUUCCCCAUUUCUCACCGCUGCUGACGACGUUCAAUGUCCCUCAAACCUUCCAUUCAACCGCACCCUCUUCCUUCACUUCCCUCAUUCGCCUCUACCUUUAGCACAAAAUCCUUCAACAAUCUCGGUUCUGAAGACAACUCUUUGCCUCCGAUACAAACCAGGUCCUCCGUUUCUGAUUUUAGGCGCGUCAAAUCGCCCAACCUUAACUCGCGCCUGCAAAAUGGCGACGACUCAACUUCAUCACCCGUCGUCGGCAAAAAGCGUGCUCGAAUAGACAUAUCUGCCCCUUCAGAUAAUGACGAACGGACGGACUCUGAUCGUAGCUCACCAGGCGUUUCUAACGUGAAGGAAGAACCUGAACAGGAUAUGCUUGAACCAUCGCCGCCUCCUUGUUCUGCAAGGAUUGAUCCACCCAAGAACUACGACAAUACAUCUGCACCACCUCCAUCCAGUGUCUUACCGUCUCCUCUCAAGAAGCGAAGAGUUACAAUCAGCGGCGCGCCCGCGCUCGACACGAAUGUCCGAGUUCCAACUGAUCAAUCGAAUUCAACUCCUAUAUCACCUGUUGUAAUUGGCUUCACAAUCCAGCGCGAUAACCCCUCAGCUGUCGAGCAAGUUCGAUCUAUGAUCUCGGUGAAACAGCAGCAACAAGCCAUUAUUGAACAGCGCAGAGGCAGCGUCGUUGGACUCGGUUCUCCGGUUGUUGGAGGGAACCCGAAUGAACUUCCAGCGUCAGGUUCUGCGAAAUCUUCCAACUCGGCAGCACGACCUCGACGUAGCCCUAAUACCAGUAGCAAUCGACGCCAUACCAAUGUUUCUGUUCCCCAGUCUCAGCUGGCGGUCAACACCCGGGCUGCCAGUCCGCCGGCUGUCACUGUCACACUAUCCCAAACUUCGGGACACCCACCCGCACCAGUUAUCUCUGGGCUUCCACAACCAUCGUCUGGGACCGCAAUUCCUCCUGUCAACGUACCCGCACAUUCUCUUCCGCCUCCCCCGAUUAGCUUCGCUCGCCGGAGGGCAACUCAACUUGGAGGAAACAAAAAGCCGGCGGAUAUAGUCAUCAGUCCUCGGGAAGCUCAUACAAAGGAGCAGCUCGCGCUCUCUAUUCAAAGUGCGCCUCCCAUCCCUCAGGCUGGUCAGCCUCCUGGAAGAUUUCCUAUGACCCUUCCCCGACUUCCGUCUGUGAUGGGGCCUGGAAACAGUAACGUCAAUCGUCUGACUGGUGGGAAAGUACCCCCUACGCCUACAAGGUUUUCUGCACAACGAGGCUCGACAUCCAGCGUCGCUCAUCCCAUUCCUUCGAUUGCAGGCGGGCGCUCUCCUCCUAAUCACAGCAUUGGUGUGGGGCCGACAUUGGUUCCUCCCACUCCCAGUGUCUUACACCAUCCUGGUUAUUCAGGAGAGAAAUCCGCUUUUUUGGCGCCGUUCGAAAUGUUUUAUGAUGCACUGAACGAUUCUAGGCAACUCAAGACUUGGCUCUCAGAACAGUUACAGCGUUCCAACGCGUUAAUGCACAGUCUCACACAGCAGCAGGAAAAAUUGAACGAAGUAGUGGACGCGAUGGUUGAAAAGAGGGUUAGUGGUAUGCGAAACGAAGUGGGAUCACUUCGACACAGGGUUGAGGAAUUAGAGGACGCUUUACGUGUUGCCAGUCGUCGUCCAAGUGUUGAUGGGCUCCCUGUGAAAAGUAAAGGCAAACAACCAUUGAGGAAUGGUAUACCCAUGGCGGCAGAGUCAUACACAUUUCCUCCUGUUCAAAUUUCUGGUAUUGAUAGGGAUCGACUGCGACCCGAACCGGAACGACGUGUCCCAUCUCCUGGAUGGCCAAGCGACAGAGAGAAUCUGCCUAGUGGAUUAGACCGUGAUCGACCUACAGGAUCACCAGCUCCUUACGAUUCAAGAAGGUUGUCCAUAUCCGCGUCACGACUUGAUCCACCCCGACCGUCUGGGAUAGAUGGAAGGAGCUCACUAAGGAUGGCUUCACCUCAGCAGUCUAUUCGAGAUAUCCCUGGUAAUUCGGGUGCAGUUGUUUCAAGCCUCCCUCCUCAUCCACCGCCUUCCGGCAAUCGACAAUCACGCGGAAGAAGGCCAUCGAUAAAUAGGCAGCAUUCAGGUUCAUUCCGUGGUGGGUUACCUGAGCGACCAGCAUCUUCACCGCCCAGGCGAGAAGACCGAAGCCAGAAAGAUCCCAGUGGAGAUGUCUCAAUGGAAACAUGAGUGUGAUAUGGCAUGUAGAAGUUGUUACUUUUUCUCUCUUCUGAGCACCGUAUUGGACGCAGUCCUUCCUUUGUUUUUCCGUUUUUCAUCGUCGCUAUCGCUCUCAUUCUACAUCAGUAAGCACGGACCCUUAGCAGUUUAGUCGCUCUCUACUUAGUCACUUAGUUUUCAGUAUUCAUCCUCCCUCCCUUUCUCCUCUUGGGCGUUUCAUCCGUGGAUUUUUCGUACCUUACUUUUCUUCUCCGCUCAAUAUGCCACAUUUUAGUCGUCAGUUUCUAUAUUUCUGUUUGUCUGCAGUCUUCUCGUUGUCUCCUUCAGGUUUCAUUAUAUGUACUUUAUACUCUAUCGGCAAUGUAUCACGACUUCUCUACCUCCUUCUGUUCCAUGUUCUUUUUACUGGCCUGUUUACUUUUGCGUUUUCGUUUACAUUUUUUUUUGUCGAGGCUGUCGGCGAAUCCGAAUCCGAAUCACAUACAGUUACCGUUAAAAGCCGG